GCGCGCUGUGACGGCAUUGGUGGUAGCCCCAGCUGAGGAGAUCAUCCUUUCCUAUAAUUUCCACUGGCCGUGAGCUGUGUUAAAAGGAUCCUGGGAGCGCAGCAGCAAGCCGUCCAAUGGAGACAGUGACCUUUGAGGAUGUAGCUGUGAACUUCACCUCAGCAGAGUGGGCCUUCCUGAGUCCAGCCCAAAAGAAGCUCUACAGAGAUGUGAUGUGGGAAACACUUACAAAUAUGACUGCUAUAGGAAGAAUCAGGGAUAACCACCACAUUAAAGAAGAAUAUAAAAGUUGUUUGAGAAACCUAAGAAAUGAUGCAGAUAAGUAUUUGAGAUUUGGAGAGAAGUUACAUCAAUGUAAUGAACAUGAGAAAACCUGCAGUGAUUCCCAGUCCUUUCAAAAGCAUGAAACAAGAAAAACUGGGGAGAGACCCUGUCAAUAUGGACAAUGUGGGGAGGCCAGCUGUGAUCUGGGAGUGCAAACUCACCCUGGGAAGAAAACUUUAGUAGGUAAGAGAAGUUUGAAAGGCUCCAAUACACCAAGUGUUGUUCAAAUCCGUGAGAGAAAUCACAGUAUGAGGACGCCAUAUGUAUGCAAGCAAUGUGGGAAAACCUUUACUUCUUCAUACCAUAUUCAAGUACAUGAAAGAAGACAUGCUAGAGAGAUGCCCUCUGUUUCUAAAGUACAUAAGAAAGCAUUAGCACAUUGUAAGUCCUUUAACAAACAUAAAGUAAUUCAUGCUGGGCAGAAACCCUACUUAUGUAAGCAAUGUGGGAAAUCUUUCAGUCAAAAGAAAGAGUUUCAAGUACAUGAAAGAAUUCACAGUGGGGAGAAACCUUAUAUGUGUAAGUAUUGUGGUAAAGCAUUCAACAGCAAAAGUAACUGUCACAGUCAUGAACGAAUACACACAGGGGAGAAACACUACAUAUGUAAGCAAUGUGGAAAAGCAUUCAUCAGACACGAUCACUGUCAAAAUCAUGAAAGAGCACACACUCGGGAGAAACCAUAUGUAUGUAAGCAAUGUGGGAAAGCUUUCACUAGACAAUAUACUUGUCAAAUACAUGAAAGACGUCACACUGGGGAAAGACCUUAUGUGUGCAAACAAUGUGGGAAAGCAUUCAGUACAAACAGUGACUACAAAAGCCAUGAAAGAACUCACACUGCAUUGAAACCCUAUGUAUGUAAGCAAUGUGGGAAAGCAUUCAGCAGACGCCAGUACUGUCAAAAUCAUGAAAGAACUCACACUGGGGAGAAGCCCUAUGUAUGUAAGCAGUGUGGGAAAAAGUUUUCUACAUACCAUUAUUGUCUAAUUCAUGAGAGAAGUCACAGUGGAGAAAGACCUCAUGUGUGUAAGAAAUGUGGGAAAUCAUUUGAUACCAAGAGAGCUCGUGAAAUACAUGAUAGAACUCACACAGGAGAAAAACCAUAUCCAUGCAAGCAGUGUGGGAAGGCAUUCAGAACACAGAGUCAGUAUAAAGUACAUGAAAGAAUUCACACAGGGGAGAAACCCUAUGUAUGUAAGCAAUGUGGGAAAGCAUUCACUCGACAAUAUCAUUGUCAAAAACAUGAAAAAAUUCAUGCUGGGGAGAAACUACAUUUAGGCAAGGAAAGUAGAAAAGCAUUUAAUGCACAGAGGUGUUACAAAGCGUGAUGCAACUCACACUUGUGAGAAACCCUAUUUAUGUUAGCAACACAAGAAUAUGUUUUAGCCAACAAAGUAAAUGUUACAUACAUGAUGGAAUUUAUAUUGGGAAACCUAUAAACAACAUUGAAGAAUGAACAGCAUUUUUCAGUACACAAAAAUGCCAUCAAAUACAUAAAAUAAUGCGUUCAGGAGAGAAACCAUAUGCACGUAUGCAGUGUGGGAAAAAUUUGCCAUAGGUCCUCUCUUAUAAAUAUAAGAGAACACACUGGAGAAGAACUCUGUAUGUAAAAACGUGGGAAAACAUUCAGCUGACAGGCUAACCGACAGAACUGUCACACAGUGGACAGAAUAUAAAGUAAUCAAUUUACAAAGUAUUCAGUAUACAUGGGUAUUAUGAAAUAUGUGAAAAAAUUCACAGGGAAGAGAGACCCUAAAUAUAUAAGACUAUUUAUAAAACUCUUUUGAA